UCAUAAAACUUCAAGAAAGCUUGUGCUUCAAGCUUCAAGAAUUCUCCAAGAAAAAGCAGCUGGGAUUUCUAAGCAUGUCUCUAGAGGUUAAGGAAAAGACGGGUGUGUUUGGUGUUAUGGGUGCUGCAGGUGUGGGAUACGACAGCUUCAAACCCAAAAAUCGGCGCACGGUGGAGGAGCUCCACAGCAAGGAAUACGAGGUAGCCGGAGUCAAAGUGACCGUUCACAUCAUGGACACAAGCGGUAGUUAUUCGUUCCCAGCCAUGCGAAAGCUCUCCAUCCAGAACGGAGAUGCCUUCACCCUGGUCUUCUCUGUAGAUGACCCUGAAUCGCUAGAAGCCAUCAAAAGCUUGCGUGAGGAGAUCCUAGAGGUCAAGGAGGACAAGUUCACACCCAUCGUGGUGGUGGGCAACAAGAAAGACAAACUGCACAAACGCAGGGUGUCUGCCAAUGAUGUUCUAGCAGUGGUCGAGCUGGACUGGAACAACUGCUUCCUAGAGGCCUCAGCAAAAGAAAACGAAAACGUGAUGGAGGUUUUCAGGGAGCUGCUCCAGCAAGCCAACCUACCUAGUCACCUGAGUCCAGCCUUGCGACAUCGCAGAGAGACCUUUCCCAAGGACAUGAGAGUAUGGCCGCCCAUGAACAAGAUCAACAGUUGCUCUGCCUCCUGA